AUGGCUGGACUGGUGAUCUGGACCAUCGGUAUUUUUCUGGUCCACGUUGCCCUGAAAAGUAUCUAUCGGCUGUACUUUCACCCUCUCAGCAAGUUCCCCGGUCCCAAACUAGCAGCAAUCACCAGCGGAUAUGAAUUUUACUUUAAUGUCAUCAAGGGCGGGAAUUUCAUUUGGGAGAUCGAGCGGCUGCAUCAGGUCUAUGGCCCUAUCAUACGCAUCACCCCACGAGAAAUCCAUAUCAAGGAUUCAAAGUACUACGAUGAAAUCUACGCUUCCAGCGCCCGAAGACGUGAAAAGGACCCUGUCGCCGUAGCCCAGUUCGGACUCGAGGGCUCCGCAUUCGCAAGUGUCUCUCCAGAAAGCCAUCGCCAACGGCGUGCACCGCUAGACAAAUUCUUCUCCAAGCAGGCCAUUACUAGCAUGGAACACAUUAUUUACAGUCGGAUCGAAAAGCUGUGCCAACAUCUCGAUCGUGCUUAUCAGUCGCAUAAGGUUAUCAAUCUUGAUGCCGGAUUCGCAGGCCUGACGUCCGAUGUUAUCCAUCAAUACGCCUACGGGUUCAACAGCGGCCAUCUCGACGAGGAGGAUUUCAACGAGGGAGUCAGAGAUGGAAUCAAUGGUCUUUUCCGUUUGUGCCAUAUUUCUUUCUCUUUUCCGAUUUUGCAGACCAUCAUGAACUCGCUGCCUCUAGGGCUAUUGAAACGGGUCAGUCCGCACGCAUUUGGGCUCGUCAGUCAGAAGAACGGAAUAUACCAAAUGACAGUCGAUGCUCUGCAUGGGCAUCGUUCGGACGGUGGCUCUAUUAUGGAGACUCUGGCGGGUUCUGACAUGCCCGAACACAUGAAGACUCCGGCGCGUCUCACGAAUGAAGGAUUCUCUCUCGUCAUUGGCGGCACUGAGACGACUGCUAGGUCGCUGGCUUUGGGUGCUUAUACUCUGCUCAGUAAUGAGGUAAUCAGAAAUAAGCUGCAAGAAGAGCUUCGGUCUGUGAUGCCCACGCCGGACUCGCGGCCUACCUGGAAUCAGCUUGAGAAACUGCAAUAUCUGGUAUGGCGCAGAACAGCACUCGAAUAUAUUUGUCAUUUGACUCACAAUUGGCCAUAG